UAAAUAUUCUUAGUAGUUUUUUUGUUCAUAAGGCAUUAAUAUCGAAAAUUUAAUACGAUAAACCUACCCUUUUUUUUUUGUCUUUUUCGUGCCUUUACCUUUCCUAAGAAAGAACUGACUCUUCUCCCUUCCUCUGUUUUCUUCAUUCACACAGAGAGAUAAAGCAAAGAAAAGACUAAAACUUUGAGAAAAGAGAUGAUGGACUGGGACAAUCAGCAGCAACCCAACAACAACCACAACUCUUCAAAUCUUCAAGGGAUCGAUGUUAACGGAGGCUCAAGCUCAGGAGGAAUGUACGUGAAGGUGAUGACCGACGAGCAGCUUGAAACUCUGAGGAAACAGAUUGCUAUCUACGCCACCAUCUGUGAACGUCUCGUUGAGAUGCACAAAACCCUCACUACUCAGCAAGAUCUUGCAGGAGGGAGAAUGGGAGGUCUAUAUGCAGACCCAACGUUUGGUCACAAGAUGACAGGUAGGCAGAGGUGGACUCCUACGCCACUCCAGCUUCAGACUCUGGAGCGUAUAUUCGACCAAGGGAUAGGGACACCGAGCAAGCAAAAGAUCAAAGACAUAACCGAAGAGCUUAGCCAACACGGUCAGAUCGCUGAGCAGAACGUGUACAAUUGGUUUCAGAACAGGCGCGCUCGGUCCAAGAGGAAGCAGCCUGGCGGUUCUUCUAAAAACAACAAUGGUGAGUCUGAGGUGGAGACUGAAACCGAGACGUUGAAUGAGAAGAGGAAGAUGCCAGAGAGUCUUCUUGUUCUUCCUGAUGGAAACAACAACAAUGGCAUUGGGACAACAAGUGCUACUAGUCCUAGGCCUGAAGAUCUUUGCUUCCAGAGCCCUGAGAUGAGCUCUGAUCUUCACUUGCUAGGAGUCCUAUCAAACCCAAGGGAUGAGGAUCUUGUUGGAAAGAUGGGAUUGUCUGAAAGCUACAACCUUUAUGAUCAUGUUGAAGAUUAUGGCAUGUAGGGGUUGAUUAAUACAAGCUGAGGGAGUAGUCAGUCUUAAGCAGUUUUAGACUCUUUUUAAUUAUUUGUUUUCUGGGUGUUUUAAUCAAAGCUUGUGAUGCAUUACUUUAAUGUUUUUUUACUGAAUUUAGAGUGAUUCCUAUCUCUUUUUAACUAUAAUAAUAUUUUUUAAAAAAACUGAUUCAGUUUU